UGCGCGCAUAUUUGACAGUUUUUUUCAAUGGCCAUCGAGGUUAUCUCGUUUUGUCCUGGAAAAUCCCCUUUUUUGCCCUAAAUUUCCACCCCGUGGCUGUGUUUAUUGAAAAUUCUCAUAGCUUAAGGUGCCUCCUGGUGAAAACUCAAGUGAAAAUUGCGGUGAUUUGUGCGAUUGGCUGUGAAAAGGUCUUAGAAUGAACGCACCCAAGCUAAGUGCUUAGUCGGCAGUUUUUAUCCCACAAUCCGGGCUAUUUCCCCCAUUUCCUCCAAUUUUCUUGCAAAUAUUGAUACCAUGGAAAGUCUGUCGCGAAAUGCGAGCUUCAACUGCGAACAUAGGAGCGAUAUAGAGACAGAAACUGACACUGAACAUUCGUCGUGCAUGUUUGAGUCUUCCUGUGAUGUCUGCUCCUGCUUCAAUGCCUCAGGGGUGUUUGGUAGGCAGGAUAAGAGCUUCAACGAUGAAGCUUUGUCGAUUUCCUUUCCGGAACAUCGAGCUGUUGUCCUUCCCAAGGAUCAGAGUUUCUCCUACAUUUGCGAAGCUGAUACUGAAGAUGAGCCAGAUUCGGGAUGUCUGCAAUCCAGUGGAGCAUCUAUGGAUCAGUCUGACAUCAUUUCUGAUCAGGAUUUGCGUUUCCGGAAAGAGUUGCAAUCUUCCUUGCAGCAGGAGAAAAAACCCGAUAUCCCAGCGAUUCCAGCCUCGGAAAUCGUCGAUGAUAGCUGCGUGGCAGUCUUCCAUGGGAUUUCUAGUAGGCCAGAAGGGCCUCCAGCUGAAGAGUUGACCUUCAAUGGGAAGAUUCCGCUGCAGAAAGCUCCGAUUCACGUGAAUGUGGAAGUUGAUCUCAAUAAUACUUCCACUUCCAUCCAUGAUUCCUCCCAGGCCAGCCUCCAGAUUGAUCUCUCGUACACCACAAAUGCCAACGCUACUCAGACCUCAAUCACGGAGGAGAAGGAGAAGCCCCGGAAGAACUUGUACUCAAGUGAACAAUCUCCGGAUAUUCUGGACUUUGAGUCCGAGGAUGAAGCUGAGGCUGAUACAACUGAUGAGAUUAGCAAGUGUGACAUCUCCUUGCUGAACAGUUCCACGAAGGAGGAUGAUUUGACGAAGAGGGAGAGGAAGUUACUGAAGCGCUUGCAAAAUGCUCUGGCUGGAGUCCUCCCGCCUCCUUCAGUCACCAAAUCCCUGCUCUCAGUUGAGACAAUUCUCAGCAUUUAUGAGAAGAACUUGGCCGAGGGAUCAAAGGAGGCAGUCAAUGAGCAUCUGGAGAGUCUAAUGAAGCCUCUCAACUCCAUCCAGGAAGCAAGGGAUUCAGCCUGGCCAGCUGCAAAGGAUGUUUUCACUCACGGAAUUCAGUAAGUCCUUUUAAGAGCUUCAA